UCAAAAUGAAAUACCUACAGGUAGAUACCGAUAGAGAUGAAAAACUCUCUUCCAAUGAAGUCAAGCAGAUUGAAACUCCGAUCGACUUCAAAUCCACAACCAUAACAUUGACAGAAGGUGCUCAAUUGUUCCCGCCCAAAUCCACCGCAGCUCAGUAUUCGUUGUUGCGAAGACAGGUGGCUGUGUUACUUUGUGCCACUUCCAUUUUCUUCGACGGCAUCAAUUUGUCACUUUCCGGUCCAUUUUUUCCAGAAGAAGCGGUCAAGAAAGGUUUGACACUCACAGAAAUAGGAUGGGUAACAGCAUCAUUUGACAUGACAAGCCUCGUUUCUUCCUUUUUUGUCGCCAGCUGCAUUUCUCCCAAAAACAUAACUUUUUUCUACCUCGUUGGAGUCAUUUGGUGUGCAGUCUCAGUCGCCACUUUCGGGUGGUCAGCACGAGCUACAGGAGCCGACUCGUUCUUCCACUUAUCGCUCGCGAGCCGACUAGUCAAUGGAGUCGGAGCUUCCCUUCUUCAGAACACUGCACUGCCUAUUGCAGGUAGAUUAUUCCCCCAGAACAUGGGCAUGAUGACAGCAAUUAUUCACACUUCGUUGGGACUUGGUUUGGUAAUCGGACCUUCAAUGGGUAGUCUACUAAUUCCGAUUGGAGGCUAUGAGUUUCCGUUUUUGAUGACGGGGUUAGCGGAAGGCGUAGCUUUCAUUGCAGCUAUAUUCAUUAUACCUUCCAAAUUCGUCGGCGGUCCUUUGAAAUCUACAUUCAGAACGACCGAAUUUGUCAAAUUUUUGGUCAAACCUAAAGUGUGGAUUUUCAUAUUUCCUUCUUUGAUGUUAUUUUCAACAACUGGAUUCCGCGACAGUGCUUUCGCUCUGUAUUUCCAGGACUAUUUGGGUCUGUCUCAAGAAGACACGGGAUAUGCUUUUAUGGCAUGUUCGGGAGCUUUUUUCAUAGCCGCGCCUCUUUACGGAAUCCUUGUAGGCCAUGGUUAUGGAGUGUACAUACUUCUAGUGGCACAAGCCACCGCUUGGAUUUCUAUGCUACUAUUCUACCUGCCAAAAUGGAUCGACCCCUUCGAAAAUACUUAUUACGCUUUGGGUAUUCUAGCAGCCAUAGGCUUCCUUGCUUCAGCUGUGUUUAACCCGCAUUAUCUUAUUGUCGAAAAAAUCGCUCUUUCAGAGGGGUACAAAAAUGUGCAAGAAAUUAAAACGUUAGCAGCUGGCAGCUACAACUUAUUAUCGUCGUCUAGCAGGGCCAUCGGAGCUUUUCUAUUUGGUGGCUUAAUCAACGAGAAAAUCGGUUUUUACAAUACAUGCCUCUGCUACUGCGGGAUUCUGCUUGUCACUGGAACUAUCCAGAUCGUUUACUUCAUUCAUUACAAGUUGGUUAAGAGACAGUUUUAUGGGUUCGAAGUUGUGGUAAAGGGACCCAAUGAGAUGUCAAUAGAAACAGACGGAGUGAAGGAAGGUCAAGUUAGCAAAACAAAUAUUAAAAACCAAAUUCUCACUAGUAUCAGUAGAUCAUACAAUCUCCAUCAGAUGUAA